GGAAAGGAGCUCAGGGCCUGAGAUCUUGGUGUGACUGAGAGAGACGGCUCCUUUUAGGAAGUCUCAGGGGCUCGCUAAGGUGGCAACUCUUGGCCCUAGGAAAAAUUUCCUCCAGACAGCUGGCUGGAAACUGGAACUUUGGGAGUUGAGAUCUCUCUGCCUCCUGCAAGGCAGCUCUGUGGGUGCAGGUCCCAGGCUAGCUGACCUCAGACCUCCAGCAAAAGAAGGGAACGACAUCUGUUCAGUUAUAAUCAUCCCCUCCCAACAUCCUGCAGAGGACCAGGGCCUGGUCCAAGCAGGGAGCCUGGAGCCAGAGGGAAUGGUUCCUGAGAACCGCAGACCCCCACCCCAGGAGUUGGUGACUUUCAAGGAUGUUGCUGUGGACUUCAGCCCUGAGGAGUGGGAUCUGUUGGACCCGGAUCAGAAAGAGCUGCACAAGGAGGUCAUGCUGGAGAAUGCGGAGAACUUGCUCUCCUUGGGACUUCCAGUUCCCAGAGAAGAUUUCAUCUCCCAUGUGGAAAAAGGAGGCCUGAGGAACUCCUGUCCUGAGACGUGGUUUGAUAUGGAGAUGAGUGCAAAUCUGAAAAUGAUCUCAUGGAAAGACCUCUUUCAAUAUAGUAAGUACAGGGCUGUUUUUGCUAAGCACAAAAGAAACCACAUUGGAGAGGAACAUUGUGAAUGGAAUACACACAAAAAAGCUUUAAGAAAGAGUUCCAGUGUUGCUAAAGAUACGAAUAUACAUCCUGAAGAGAAAACACCUAAAUGUCAUGAAUAUGAUAAAGCUUUUUGUGUACUCUCUUCCCUUGUCAAACAUCAGAGAAUUCAUGCUGGAGAGAAACCUUAUGAAUGUAAGAAACAUGGAAAAACUUUGAGAGAGCGAUCUACUCCUGCUAAACAUGAGAGAAUUCAUGCAGAAAAACAAUCUUACAAAUGUAAUCAAUGUGGAAAGGAUUUCCAAUGUUAUUCCAACUUGGCUCAACAUCAGAGAAUCCACACUGGAGAGAAGCCUUAUUUAUGUAAUGAAUGUGGAAAGACUUUUACAUCUCACUCCAGUCUUGCUGUCCAUCAGAGAAUCCACACUGGAGAAAAGCCUUAUGAAUGUAAUGAAUGUGAAAAGGCUUUCAUCGAUCGCUCCAGUCUUGCUAAGCAUCAGAGAAUCCACACUGGAGAGAAGCCUUAUGAAUGUAAUGAAUGUAGAAAGACUUUUACACGGAGUUACACUCUUCGUGAACAUCAGAGAGUCCACACUGGAGAGAAGCCUUAUAAAUGUAACGAAUGUGGAAAGGCUUUCACAAAGCGCUCCUAUCUUAAAGCACAUAAGAGAAUUCAUACUGGAGAGAAGCCUUAUGGAUGUAACAAAUGUGCAAAGACUUUCACAUCUCAUGCCAAUCUUGCUAACCAUCAGAGAAUGCACACUGGAGAAAAGCCUUAUGAAUGUAACGAAUGUGGAAAGACUUUCACAAAUCGCUGCAGUCUUGCUAAACAUCAGAGAAUCCACACUGGAGAAAAACCUUAUAAAUGUAAUGAAUGUGGAAAGGCUUUCAUACGGAGUUACAAUCUUUGUGAACAUCAGAGAAUCCACACUGGAGAGAAGCCUUAUGAAUGUAAUGACUGUGGAAAGGCUUUUACACAACGUUUCAAACUUGAUAUCCAUCAGAGAAUCCACACUGGAGAGAAGCCUUAUGCAUGUAAAGACUGUGGAAAGGCUUUUACACAACGCUCACAUGUUGCUAUGCAUCAGAGAACCCACACUGGAGAGAAGCCUUAUGAAUGUAAUUAUUGUGGAAAGGCUUUCACAAACCACUCCUAUUUUGAUGCACAUCAGAGAAUCCACAUUGGAGAGAAGCCUAAUGAAUGUAAUGAAUGUGGAAAGGCUUUCAUAUAUCGCUCCAGUCUUACUGUUCAUCAGAGAAUGCACACUGGAGAGAAGCCUUAUGACUGUAAUGAAUGUGGAAAGGCUUUCACAAAGCGCUCCUCCCUUGAUGCACAUCAGAGAAUCCACACUGGAGAGAAGCCUUAUGAAUGUAAUGAAUGUGGAAAGGCUUUCACAAAGCGCUCCUCCCUUGAUGCACAUCAAAGAAUCCACACUGGAGAGAAGCCUUAUGAAUGUAAUGACUGUGGAAAGGCUUUUACACAACGCUCCCAUGUUGCUAUCCAUCAGAGAAUCCACACUGGAGAGAAGCCUUAUGAAUGUAAUGAAUGUGGAAAGGCUUUCACAAGUCGCAGCAGUCUUACUUACCAUCAGACAAUCCGCACUGCAGAGGAGACUUAUGAAUGCAAGCAAUGUGGAAAGACUUUCAAAUACAAAAACUGUCUCAUAGAACAUGAUAAAAUCCACAUUGGGGAGAAGCUUUAUGAAUGUAGUGACUGUGGAAAGACUUUCACACGGCGCAAAAGUCUUGGUAAACAUGAGAAAAUCCACAUUGGACAGAAACCUCAUGAAUAUGGGAAAUUUUAGAUAAAGUUCAAAUCUUGCUUAACAACAGAGAGUGCACAUUAGAAAAAAAUUUUCAAGGGUCUGGAUCAUUGUACAGUUUUUAAUAUUUAUUAGUCCUUGACUUGAUAUGGAAGAUCCCAUACUAGAUGUAAAACUUCAUUCAUAUAAUCAAUGUGGAAAAACAUUCAGGCUUACUUCAUUCCUGAAAUGCCUCCAGAAAAUUCCUAGAAGAUUGAAAUCAUGGAUAAAGGCAUAAAAAUGGAGGACAGAGUUUGUUAAUCAGCAAGGAUUUUCUGCUUGGGAAGAAAUCUCCUAUAGAGUUGGCACCAGAAGGUCUUUAGCCCAGGUUCAUCUCUGAGUUUACAUGUAUGAAUAUGGAGUGGAGAGAAGACUUACAAAUGUGUAAGGAAGAAUUGCCCUUACCUGGAAGAUAAGGGUCACUAUAAAUCACAAUAUUCACACUGCAAAGAAACAUUAUACAAAAUGUAUUUCCAGAAAAGCUUUCACUUGGAUCUCAUCCUUUGUGUAGAAAUCUUGCUGCAGAUGAAAUGUGAAUAUAAUGAAUGAGGGAAGGCCUCUUCCUAUAGCACAGAUCUCAUUAGACAUUGCAAUUUUAUACUGUGUAUAAAGAUCAGAAAAUAGAUCAGAUUUUUUCUCUGAAAUCCCAUGAUUGGUAGCCAAAGAAGGUUCUUUGUAAUGGGGGAAACCAAUUGUUUUAAUCUCCUUUUUCAAUUAAUAAUGAUUGAGAUUUUUAAAAUCUGAUUUCAAAUUGUUUUUAUUACUUAAUUUUCCUCUUCAUUCUCUUGUUUAUUCCUAAAUUCUUUGGCUUUCCAUCUGUGUGACAAGUAAUAUGUUACAUGUUAUAAUUUUCUUUUAAAAUAUCUGUAAAUGUGUCUUAGGUCUCCAUUUUGACCUUAUCUUGCUAAAUUGUGUUAGAUGGAUUUGAGGGGAAGUGAGGCCUUUUCACAAAGCUGAACCCCCAGAAAAGUGCCAUGGUUGGCUAUAGUUCCAAAAAACCUCACCCCAUUGUAUCCUUGCUUAGUCUUGCACAAACCACUUUGCCACAUCAGCAAACUUUUUAAUGUAUAGUUACUGUUCUUAAGUGGAAUGGGUUUCUAUGACACAUUAGGAUAUGUGUUCCAUAUGAGUGAGAUAACAGUGUGAGAUAACAUAAAUUCUAAUCUUGUAUUUACAAAUGUAAAAAGUAAAGACUUGAGGAUAAGAAUUUAGUAUUUGAUUUAAAAAUUUAAAGGAAAAUAUACCAAUUAAACAGGUAAGUUUUCAAAGAUUCUAAUUUCAAUUUUUCACAUUAAUUUUACACAGUCCAGAUGAAGAGUUCAUCUUCUAAUGGCACAUUUACAUCCUCUAGAAAUUAGUACAGUAUUACUAUAGUACUUAGAAUAGUAUUUCUAAUAAAUUAUUUUCCCUAAAUUCCAAAAUGAGGAAAAUCAGAAUAAAAAUAAUUGCAUGAAUAAUGUUAGUGUUUUUGAAACAUGAGAGAAAAUUGCCAAAUUACAUGAAUUAAGUUGAUUAUCUUAGAAUUAUCUUAUGUUGCUGCCCAUCAAGCCCUAGCUGUGGGUAGAAGCCACAAAAAUUAACCCCAUGAAUGUUAAAUACUGACAGUCAAUGAGAGCAAAGGAAGGAUGAAUUCUAGAGUGAAUGAACAACAUAGCACAUGAAGUACACAAUCUUAUCUGAAUGAAAAAACUCCCUGAAAAUUGGAAUAUACCCAAUUAAAAUCAAUGAUCUUUGAGAAAAUGAAACAUAUUACAAAAAGAUCGAAUAUUGAAAAAAUGUGAGAAAUUGUACAUCAACCAACCAAGAAAACAUAUCAAGGAGAAAAAAUAAUUAAGGAGAAGUGGAUUUCCUAAAAUCUAUAAC